AUAACAAUCGUCGUUUCGACCAAUGGAAAGUCAACGUGGCAAUGAGAAUAGUUUAACGUGUACCAUGAAACACUAUCGUCCGCAAUUUAGGCCGCUGAUUCGUCGACGAAGAAGGCUCGUCCAAAGCUAUGACGUAGGAAACGUCAUUCCAUAUGACCUUCGUGAUCUCCAGCUGUUCCUUCCUCCCUCCCUCUUUCUUUCUUUCUUUCUUUCUUUUUACUUGGCCGUUGUCGUACACGAUGGAUGAAUACGGCGCUUGCGCAAAAAUUCUUCCCUUUUUUUUACGUGUCACAUAGUUACUUUUUCCUCGUCCAUGCAUUGGGUGUAUGAAGCGUUUCUUCGUAACUCGUAUACUCUAGUUAAACUUUUAGUAUUAUACGACCAAGAACACCAUAUUGAUUUUUUUAUGUUCGUAAAGAAUGUAACAAAUGUUUCUUUGAAAUUAUUGGAUUACUUGUUCCAGAUGUUAAGAUAAUUCGAAAAAAAGCGUCAUUCACGAAUUUCAUGCGUCAUUCAUGAACUUUGAGCGUGGCUGAUUGAAACGUAUUGCAAAAAUUAAAAUUCAUUGUUAUUUAUUUUUCAGCGUGAAGUGAUACACGUCUGUUUAUUGGAAAAAAUACCUCAAAAGUUGUUAAUAAUAUCGCAUGAUUUUUAAAAACAUUUGCUGUCCUAUUCUUUCAGUAAUAAUGGCGACACGAAGAGAAGGAAAAAAAUGUCCGAAUCACGUGCAAUUGCGAUGUCAUAUAGGAAUGACGUACGAUAGACACGAUGCCGAAUAUCACGUUGAUAAAACGUGUACACCUAAAAAGAUUCUGUGUUCCGUCGUUCAACACGUCGUUCAACACGUCGUUCAACCACAAUGUAUUGUCCGAUUGAUGAAACAGAAACAGAGAUAGAGAUAGAGAUAGAAAUAGAGAAUAUUAGAUUCUUUUAAUGAUCGGUUAAAUAUCAACGAUUAUCGUGAAAUAAUCGGAUCGGUGGAAGGUAUUCCGGAUCGCUCUUGAUUAAUUUGUUAACUUUUCGACGAUAAUGAUUUCGGAUCGAGUUUUGUAAUAUGUUAUUUGUAACGUUCGAUUUGAAUUCUCUAUACCAUAGGGGAAUAGAUAGAAACGAUAUCUUUACAGAGUGACGAAAUCUUUCCUAUCGUUUCGUCAGCCGUUUUCUAAAGCCGCCGAGGUCGUCGCCUUGCACAGUCUCCGAAUACUUGCAAGUGCCGUAUUCGCAUAUUUUUGUACCUUACUCUAACGUAAUUAUCAGUUCCAUAGGAAAUCCUGAUCAGUGCGUGCCUGUCUUAUUAUCCACAAUGUCGAUAAUCCUAUCUUUUGCUAAUACGAAAGAGAGUCCUUCCCUCGUUUAGGAAUAUUUGAAAAAAACACAUAAGUGUACGUCUGUUUCUUGCAAGCAGCUAGAAAGAUGCAGCCGUUGAAUGGUCAAUGACUAUCCAAGAGCGCUGUGCGAGUGAAAGGAACGUUUAAUCUAAUUUGAUGACAGUCUACCUGAAAUAAAAUGAACUUUCUUAAGGGUUGAAUUUUCUCUAGAAAUACUUUAGAAAACAAGCAAAUAAUUCGGUAAAUUCCGUCGUCCGAGUGUUUUACAGAUCACACUCGCGAGGAACUCUCGUAAGAAGAUUUAAGAAUACCCUCGCAAUGUGAUAAAUUGAAAAGAUUUCUAGAUGGAUAAAUGAAUUGUUUGGUUCUCCACUAACAUCGUUCGCAUCGAUUCCACUAGAGUCGCUAGAUCUAAUCGUCGCCUGUCUAGGGAAAAAACGAAACUCAGUUUGGCUCCCCUAUAUAACACUUAACCAAAUGCCAUUUCGUUUCAACAUUUUUGUAGAUAUAAAUGGCGAGGGAAAUGUACGAUGUUGUUCAAUCUCUUUGUUCAAUCUCGUACCUGCGGCUAUGUCGGUAGUUGGUAGGAAAGAGUAGGGAUGACCGACCAGUAGGAAUACCGAGUAGUAGGAAUUUCCCUGAAAAGCAUGCGAUCAACUUCAAUUCUGUAACUAAGCCUCAGUCGCGAAAUUAUAUUCCGAGCUGUCGGGUGGUUGGAUCUUCAGGCGGGUCUCGUGCUUGUAGCUUUCUCUCCGUCGAUUUGUGCUGGAUGUAUCAUUUACAUUCGGCACAAAAAGUGUACAAUUAGGAUCACAAAUCAAAAAAGUGAAUUAGUGUUGAUUUAAACGCAGCUAGUCUUAUGAAGGAUACAAAGUGCGAAACUCUGAUUUUACUUUUCUUCCAUUCGUUUUCUUCGUUUCGUUCGCUACAAGAUUUUCUCGUACAAGACCUAAAGAUCAUCGCAAGGGAUUCAUCAUGCUAAGACAAGAGAGUAUACCGUCUAACUGUCAAGUUUGCGAAGAAUUUCUUCAAGGCUAUCAUGAGCUUUUACAACGAUACAUGGAUAUUGGAGAGGAUAUGGGAGUUCCCGACGAUUUCACCAACAGUGAAAUGGUGUCAGGAAUGUGGUGGCGACAUUUGUUAGCAGGUGGUAUAGCUGGAGGAGUUUCACGAACAUGUACAGCACCUUUGGAUAGAAUCAAAGUUUACCUGCAGGUUCAUGGAACGCGACAUUGUAACAUUUCCAGUUGCUUCAGGUAUAUGUUACGUGAAGGUGGAAUUACAAGUUUGUGGAGAGGGAAUGGUAUAAAUGUACUUAAAAUCGGACCAGAGACUGCCCUAAAGUUCAUGGCCUAUGAACAAGUAAAGAGAGCUAUCAAAGGCAAUGAUACGAGAGAACUUGGACUCUACGAGAGAUUCAUGGCUGGAUCUAUGGCUGGUGGUAUUAGUCAGUCGGCUAUAUAUCCUCUAGAGGUACUCAAGACGAGACUAGCCCUCCGUAAAACGGGUGAAUUCUCGAGCAUAAUCGAUGCAGCGAAAAAGAUAUAUAAGCAAGGUGGUUGGAAAUCUUUUUAUAGAGGCUAUAUUCCCAAUUUAAUAGGGAUUCUUCCGUACGCUGGAAUUGAUUUGGCUGUGUACGAAACGCUAAAAAAUAGUUAUUUACGAACGCAUAAGAAAGACGAGCAACCAGCUUUUUGGUUGCUGUUGUUGUGUGGUACGGCUUCCAGCACUGCAGGUCAAGUGUGUUCGUAUCCGUUAGCUCUAGUCAGAACUAAAUUACAAGCCGAAAUAUCAACAGGGAGUGACGCGAAUACAAUGAUUGGUGUUUUCAAAGACAUUCUCAAGAGAGAAGGUAUUCGCGGUUUAUAUCGAGGAAUAACUCCGAAUUUUCUUAAGGUAGCUCCAGCCGUAUCAAUUAGUUACGUAGUAUAUGAGCAUUUCAGACAGGCACUGGGCGUUAACAUGACGUGAUAAAAAUAUAUACACUAGGAGAUAUUAAUUUAAUUAAAUUAUUCCCUAAUUAUAAUCGUGUAAGAGAUAUUACGGUAAAAGUUCAAAUGGUCAUUGGAUUUGCAUCAGUGUGCGAUUUACCGUUAUCGGUCUCUCUCUCUCUCUCUCUCUCUCUCUCUCUCUCUCUCUCUCUCUCUCUCGCGCGCGCGCGCGCGCACACACACACACACAC